AUGGAGAGGUUGCCCCGUGCCAUGCGGAAGAGGCUCUACAGUCUCCCCCAGCAGAUAGGGACCAAAGACAACAUGACGGAGUGCGAGGGAGACCGGGAUCCCAACAGAAGGAGCAUCAAGAUGAAGCCACUGCCCUCGCCGACUGGAGGAGGCGCAAGGUGGGCAGGAGACGCCAAGGGAGGGGAAGGCAAGACGGUGGAAACAGAUGUCAGUAAAUUGGGCAAGACCAGCUCCAACGGGGACUGCCGGCGUUUCCGUGGAAGCCUCUCCUCCGUCGCCAGCAGGCACCUCUACGAAGACGACGUAGCCGAGGGCAAGCGCUUGAUCGGGGAAGGGGAGUCCACUCCGAGCGAGGGCACCAACCCGGGCAGCGAGGACGGGUCGAGCUCCGGGUCGGCUUCGGAACAGAGCGGGCGCCCGGGUGUGAAGCAGCAGCAGACGGCGGCGGCAACCGAGCAAGAGGCGAGGUCGGCGUUGUUCAAAGUGGACGGCACCGACCAGAUCUUCCUGGAAGACGAUCUGCGGGCCAGUCAAACCGGCUUCAUGCAAAGACAGUUCGGAGCGAUGCUGCAGCCCGGAGUUAACAAGUUUUCCCUGAGAAUGUUUGGGAGCCAAAAGGCCGUGGAGAGGGAGCAGGAGCGCGUCAAAUCGGCUGGUUUUUGGAUUGUUCAUCCCUACAGCGAUUUCAGGUUCUACUGGGAUCUGACUAUGCUGCUUCUCAUGGUGGGGAACCUGAUCAUCAUUCCUGUGGGAAUCACAUUUUUCAAGGAUGAAAACACCACUCCAUGGAUUGUCUUCAAUGUUGUGUCAGACACUUUCUUUCUUGUUGAUCUAGUACUGAAUUUUAGAACUGGGAUUGUCGUGGAGGACAACACAGAGAUUAUCUUAGACCCUCAGAAAAUCAAGAUGAAGUACCUGAAAAGCUGGUUUGUGGUGGACUUCAUAUCCUCCAUUCCAGUCGACUAUAUUUUUCUAAUAGUGGAAACAAGGAUUGACUCGGAAGUUUAUAAGACUGCCAGGGCUCUGCGGAUUGUAAGGUUUACCAAGAUCCUCAGCCUCCUCCGGUUGCUUCGGUUAUCCCGUCUUAUCCGUUACAUCCACCAGUGGGAGGAGAUCUUCCACAUGACUUACGACCUGGCAAGUGCAGUGGUGCGGAUUGUCAACUUGAUUGGGAUGAUGCUGUUGUUAUGCCAUUGGGAUGGUUGCCUCCAAUUCCUGGUGCCCAUGUUGCAAGAUUUCCCAGAGGACUGCUGGGUGUCUCUCAACAAUAUGGUGGAUGAUUCCUGGUCGAAGCAGUACUCGUACGCACUGUUCAAGGCCAUGAGCCACAUGCUGUGCAUCGGCUAUGGGCAGCAGGCACCUGUUGGCAUGUCUGACGUCUGGUUGACCAUGCUCAGUAUGAUAGUCGGAGCUACUUGCUACGCCAUGUUCAUCGGCCACGCCACAGCUCUCAUCCAGUCUUUGGACUCCUCUCGGAGGCAAUAUCAAGAGAAGUACAAGCAGGUGGAGCAGUACAUGUCCUUCCACAAGCUGCCAGCUGACAUGCGCCAGCGAAUCCACGAUUACUAUGAGCAUCGUUUCCAGGGCAAGAUGUUUGAUGAGGAGAGUAUACUUGGGGAACUGAGUGAGCCUCUCCGUGAGGAAAUCAUUAACUUUAACUGCAGGAAGCUAGUGGCAUCCAUGCCCCUCUUUGCAAAUGCAGAUCCCAACUUCGUCACGUCCAUGUUGACUAAGCUGUUCUUUGAGGUCUUUCAGCCUGGGGAUUAUAUCAUCCGUGAGGGAACAAUAGGAAAGAAGAUGUACUUCAUUCAGCAUGGGCUCGUCAGCGUCCUUACAAAAGGCAAUAAGGAGACCAAACUAUCAGAUGGUUCCUACUUUGGAGAGAUUUGCCUGUUGACCCGUGGCCGUCGAACAGCGAGCGUACGAGCCGACACUUACUGCAGGCUGUACUCCCUCUCUGUGGACCACUUCAAUGAAGUGUUGGAGGAAUACCCAAUGAUGAGGCGUGCCUUUGAGACAGUGGCUCUGGACAGACUCGACAGGAUAGGGAAGAAAAACUCCAUCUUGCUGCAUAAGGUGCAGAAUGACCUCAACUCGGGUGCUUUGAACUAUCAGGAGAGUGAGAUAAUCCAGCAGAUCGUGCAGCAUGACCGAGAGAUGGCGCAGAACGUCCAGAAACCGGCCGCCGCCGUCUCCACUCCAGCACCAGUCAUCUGGACUCCGCUGGUCCAAGCGCCACUGCAGGCAGCGGCCGCAACCACGUCGGUGGCUAUCGCGCUCACCCACCACCACCCGCGCCUCCCUGGGGGUAUGUUCCAGCCACCGCUGUCCAUCCUCGGCUCGUUGGGACAGCAAUCCAGCCAGACGCCGAGGCAGCUGAAGAAGAUGCAGCACUCUGCCUCCACCACCGGACCUUCUUCAGUGGGCUCCCCCUCCAGCACCCCAUCCCAGCUGCAGACCCCCUGCGCGGAGUCGCCCUCGGCCGCUUUGUUCCAGACCCAUCAGCUGACGGGCGGCUCCUCCUCCAGCGGCAUGAGCCAAAUCCAGCAGCUGGGCGCCGGCUCCCCCACAGGAGGCUCGGCUCGCAUUCCCCUGGGCGGGCCGUCGACCAGCCUGGGGCAGACGCAGCGGUCCAGAGCCAGCUCGCCUUCCGCCAGCCUGGGGCAGCUCCAACAAUUCUUGAGCAGUUCUCCGGUCUCUUCCCUCCAGUCUCCUGCCUUGGGAUCGUCCUCCCCUAUCUUCACCCAGAUCCACCAGUCUUCACCCAGCCCUGCCCCCGCUGGCGCCAACCAGUUCCAGACCACCUCCAGGUCGGCCCAGGUGAAUAGCGGCCACCCUCACUUCCCUGGCGGCGCCCAGUCCACUGGGCUAAAGCAGUGUCCCCAGCGGACCACCAGCUCCCCCUCGGGCAGUCAAGUCCAGCUUCCACAAGUUGGGAUGGAUUCUCCGCUGCCCAGUUUGAGCCACCAGACUCAAGCCGCUGCUGGUUCCCCAUCAGCUCACUUCCAGAGGCCACAGGGCAGAGUGGGACAACAGAUGAGCCCUGUGGUCCAAGUUCAAGGGGAAAAGACCAGCCAUUCAGCUGCCGUGUCGACCUUGCAACAUUCAGGCAACAUACCUUUGUCCUACGCCCCCCACGUUCCGAGCCCUCCAGUUCAAAGUCCAGCGACUAAACGGACAUUUCAGUGCGACCGUUCCAAUGGGUCAGGCUCCCCAGCUGCUCUCCUCUUGCCUCAGGCCCCACUCCAGCAAGUCAUCACCCUCAAAAGCACGCAGCCAGUCGGACGCCUCACGCAGGACCUUAAAAUGAUCUCCACAUCUCAGCCUUCUCUGCCACAGGAGUUGGCGCACGCGUUGCAUCGAAGCAGUCCUUCCUCAGUAAGGGAAUCUGUGGGAAGCUUAACAACAUUUUCUAGGCCAGGACGCUUGAACAAACCUUGCAGUUCCAUCUCUGAGCAUAUGACUCUACCUAAGCAGAUAUCUUCGGGAUCUUUACCUCAACCACAAGGACAAAUACCAGGAGCAUCUGCUGCUAAUUUUCCAACGUUACCUAAAGACAAAACCGUUCCCCGGAAGGGAUCAAUAGGCUUUGGUUCCGAUUUGGAAUCUGUCCGAUCUAAGCUUCCUUCUAACUUGUGA